CCGCCCCGCCGCCCUUCCGCAGGUGCUGCUGGGAGUUGGAGUCCCGGGCGGACGGAGGCAGCCGGCAGCGGCGCGGCCAUGCGGAGGGUGAGCAGCAGCGUGUGCAGCGAUGAGGUGCUGCUGGAGGAGCUGGAGACCGAGGGGGAAAGGCAGCUGAAAAGCCUCCUGCAGCAGCAGCUCGACACUUCCGCCUCCAUCGAGCGGUGUAAAUCGAAGCGGAGGUGCUUUGCUCCGGCGGCGUUCUACAGACCCUUCGGUGAGGCGGCGGCGGGGGCACUGAGCUUAUCCCAGUUCCGAGAGCUGCAGGAAAGCGACAAAGAGACCGCAGCGCUGCGGGAGUUGGGGCUAUCGGAGCCCGAGAUCGCGCUAUGGAAGAACCGCGCUGCGGAGAAGCGCUCCGGGCUGGGAGCGGCCCCCGAAGCCAUGCAGGAGCGCCUCAACGCCAUCCAGGAGAAGAUGGACGAGAGGCAGCGCAUCCUGGAGCUGCCCCAGAGAUUUGCUGGCAGCAAGCAGCUGAGCCGGAGGGAGAUGGAGAUCGAGAACGCUCUCUUCCAGGGAACGGACCGGCACUCCUUCCUGCGGGCGCUGUACCACCAAGAUGACACUCAAAGGAUAACGGAUGAGAAGGACCCCAUGGUUCACCUGGAGAGCGUUUACCAAGAGGUGCUGGGCAAGCAGCCGCCUGGACAGGACCAACCAUCCACAAGUGCUGCGUGCUCGCUGCCUGCCCCCGCCCCGCAGGGCUCUGGCACUGAGGAGUCACCACCUCCUGAGCAGGAAGAGCAGCCACGCCAGGAAGAAAGCCCCAGCCCUCCUCCAGCAAAGCCCCACCAGUGCCCUCCAGGACCUGUGACUAUAAAGGAGCCUGUAGAGUUCAUCCCGGAGGAGGAGAUCUGCAAGAACCGGCUCUCUGAGGAAGAACUCCGCAAUAUACCUCGGUUUGCUUCCUACCAUCCUGGGGAGCCCAAUAAGGUGCUGUAUGUGAAGAACUUGGGCCCUCGUGUGACAAUGAAGGACCUGGUGUCACUGUUUGCUCGGUUCCAGCAGGAGGACAGCAGGCCCAUCCAGUUCCGCCUGCUGAGCGGCCGCAUGCGGGGUCAGGCCUUCAUCACCUUCCCCGAUACUCAGUCGGCCCAGGAUGCGAUGCUCUUGGUGAAUGGGUACAGACUGCAGGGGAAGCCAAUGGUGAUUGAGUUUGGGAAAAGCAAGGGGCCGUCGACAGACGCUCAGGCUGCCGCUCCCUCCUCUGCUGGAGCAGAGCCCACUGCCACGUAAGGGCUGGAGGACCUUGGGGACUUGACAGGCCCUGGGACUGCCUUGCUCAGGACUGGUGGGAGCUGAAGUGCAGCUCUGUGCAGCUGCAGUGGCAGGGUGAGAGCUGAAUGCAGCCUCGAGGAGGGUGGUGCUGAGGAAGCGCUGCUCUCUGCCCUGCUGGCACGUGAGGAGCUGCAGGAAGGCCGGUGCUGUUCUCGCCCUGUGCUGUUCUGUUGGGCUGCUCCACCUGCCUGCAUUCUCAGCCCUUUGUGGUGAGGAAGAGGAGGGGAAGCUUCGUCUGUUUAUGUUGUGUAUUUCUGCAGCUUUAUUUGCAUGUCAGUGUGUUCCUUUGAGAGAAAAGGGAGUAGCGUGCAAGAGGGCACCAUUUUUCAGACUUGACUUUCUUUUCAUGUCUUUAGUUGGUGUGUAAUUAACUUUCUGCCGCUCUGAUAUGUUUAUAGGAACAGUGUAGUUUGCCUUAAGGUGGUGCUUUAGGUGCAGAAGUUGCUGGGGCUCUGAUCUGUUGGAGAUUUCUGCUCCAACUGGCUGAGCUGAAGCCACUGUUUGGCACAGGACUCCAUGUCCAGCAAAAAUUACCCAAGAUUCUAUCUAUCUAUAUAUUAUAAGUUAUUUCUUGCAUAUUGCAUUUCCCCCCCUCCCCCAUUUUGCAUUUUCUCCCAGACCAACUUGCAGGAAAUGAAAAACACAGCAGCCCUAUGACAGUGACUUCCCUCUGCCCCAACCCACUGCAGGGAUGCAGGUAAAGUGGGGAGGAGAAGCUGGCUGCAUGGGAAAAGGAGCAGAACAAGAACCAGAGCUGAGGGAGGCAUGGCUACCCUUAGCCUUCAAAUAGAAAGAGCUUACAAGGUUCUGCAGGAGGGGGGAGUUAGGCUGGCAAUAAGCCAUGAGCCCAGUUAUGCCUGACAAAGAAACAGCGCCAGCCCCUGGAGCCUUGUGCAGGACCUUUCAGCUGGACAGAAGGUGCAUGGAUGUGACAGAGCCCUCAGGUGACACAGGGGGGCUCAGGUUCUCCUUCCAGUCCCUCAGCCCCAGGGGUGCCAACAGCCAGCCCAGCCUGCAGUCCUGCCACCCCCAUCCUGACACAGUGCUCUGUGCACAUACCUGAUGUCUGGACCACACCGUCAGCCACCAAUUUGGUAAUAAAAUUUAAUUGGACAUACUUUCAGGACCACA